UCAAAGCGAAAAGAGUAGUGAAGAAGUUUAGCGGAAACUCUACGAGUUAUUUACGAAGCGAAUUAAAACAAAAGUAUAACAGAAUGCCAGCUGUAGGAAUUGAUCUUGGAACGACGUAUUCGUGUGUGGGAGUGUGGCAGCACGGAAACGUGGAAAUCAUCGCGAACGACCAGGGCAACAGGACUACUCCAUCUUAUGUGGCUUUCACGGACACGGAGCGGCUGAUCGGAGAUGCGGCCAAGAACCAGGUGGCGCUGAACCCCAGCAACACCGUGUUCGACGCCAAGAGACUCAUCGGACGCAAGUUCGACGACCCCAAGAUACAAGCAGACAUGAAGCACUGGCCUUUCAAGGUAGUCAGCGAUUGCGGCAAGCCGAAGAUCCAGGUGGAAUACAAAGGGGAAACCAAGAGGUUCGCUCCUGAGGAGAUCAGCAGCAUGGUGCUCACGAAGAUGAAGGAAAUCGCCGAAGCGUACCUCGGAACCUCAGUCAGAGACGCCGUGGUGACCGUGCCGGCCUACUUCAACGACUCCCAGCGCCAGGCUACCAAGGACGCAGGAGCCAUCGCAGGUCUCAACGUGCUCAGGAUCAUCAACGAGCCCACAGCCGCAGCUCUCGCCUAUGGGUUGGACAAGAACUUAAAGGGCGAGAGAAAUGUACUUAUCUUCGACUUGGGAGGCGGCACGUUUGAUGUGUCUAUACUUUCCAUUGAUGAAGGGUCGCUGUUCGAAGUGAAGUCCACGGCCGGAGACACGCAUUUGGGAGGAGAGGACUUCGACAACCGAUUGGUGAACCACCUGGUGCAGGAGUUCAAGAGGAAGUACCACAAGGACCUGACGGGCAAUGCCCGCGCGUUGAGGAGGCUACGAACAGCCGCCGAGCGCGCCAAGCGAACUCUGUCCUCGAGCUCCGAGGCCACCAUCGAGAUAGACGCCCUGUACGACGGCAUCGACUACUACACCAGGGUCUCCCGCGCCAGGUUCGAAGAGCUGAACGCGGAUCUCUUCCGAGGAACCCUAGAACCCGUGGAGAAGGCUCUCAAAGACGCUAAAUUGGAUAAAAGUCAAAUCGAUGAUGUGGUCUUAGUCGGAGGCUCGACUCGCAUCCCGAAGAUCCAGACCAUGCUGCAGAACUUCUUCUGUGGGAAGAAGCUGAACCUCUCCAUCAAUCCUGACGAGGCCGUGGCUUACGGAGCCGCCGUGCAAGCCGCCAUAUUGACCGGCAACACCGACACACGAAUCCAAGAUGUGCUACUGGUGGAUGUGGCUCCCCUGUCUCUGGGCAUAGAGACGGCCGGAGGAGUCAUGACGAAGAUCAUCGAGCGCAACUCCAAGAUCCCGUGCAAGCAGUCGCAGACGUUCACGACCUACGCGGACAACCAGCCAGCCGUCACCAUCCAGGUGUUUGAAGGCGAGCGAGCGCUGACCAAAGACAACAACUUGCUCGGCACCUUCGACCUGACGGGCAUCCCGCCGGCGCCGCGAGGAGUCCCCAAAAUCGACGUGACAUUCGACAUGGACGCUAACGGGAUCCUGAACGUGUCAGCCAAGGAUAACAGCUCCGGCCGAAGCAAGAACAUCGUGAUCAAGAACGACCGAGGCCGCCUGUCGCAGGCCGAGAUUGACCGCAUGCUCUCUGACGCUGAAAAAUACAAGGACGAAGAUGAGAAGCAGAGGAAGAGGAUUGCUGCUAGGAACCAGCUGGAGGCUUACAUCUUCAGUGUGAAGCAGGCGGUGGAGGAAGCAGGAGACAAACUCAGCGAUGAAGAUAAAGGCACGGCCAGGCGGGAGUGUGAAGAGGCAUUAAAAUGGCUGGACAAUAACAACUUGGCUGACCAGGAGGAGUACGAGCACAGGCUGAAGGAGCUGCAGCGUGUGUGUUCGCCAAUCAUGACGAGGAUGCACGGCGGAGGGAACGCCUGCAAUGGCGGCGGCAUGCCUGGUGGGAUGCCUGGUGGGAUGCCUGGAGGCAUGGGAGGAAUGCCAGGUGGCAUGGGAGGCAUGGGAGGCAUGCAAGGUGACUACGGCAACAACAGUGGCCCAACGAUUGAAGAAGUUGAUUAAAUUGUUAACCCAUUUUGCAUAAGUUAUUGUUUUGUCAAUGUUUUAAUUCCAAAGACUGAUUUAUUUUG